AUCCCCGCGCGCGGCGUGGAUCGCGGCCGGAGCCGCCAUUGUUCCGCCGAGGGAGGACAGCGGGGCCUGGCGCUAGCGCCGAGACGCCGCUUAGCGGUCGCCACUGGAGACACUCCCUCCCUUCGCCCCGCUCUCCUCCAGGCGGCGGCGGCGRAGUGAGGCUGAUAGGGGGAACCUGGGAGCCCCUCUGUCCUCCCCGCGGCGGCAGCGGCCGAUCGCCGGCUCCGGCGCGAGGAGCUGUCGCGAUGCGCUCGGCCUGAGGUGGCCCGGCAAUCGUCGCUUCCUUUGACUCUUCCWCGGCGUCUCUGCGCCCAGCGUCAUCCUUCAAGUCCCCCUGACGGGAGGGAAGAUGGCUGCACGAAGCUGGCAGGACGAGCUGGCCCAGCAGGCCGAGGAGGGCUCGGCCCGGCUGCGGGAAAUGCUGUCGGUCGGCCUAGGCUUCCUGCGCACGGAGCUGGGCCUAGACCUGGGGCUGGAGCCGAAGCGGUACCCGGGCUGGGUGAUCCUGGUAGGCACCGGCGCACUCGGGCUGCUGCUSCUCUUUCUACUGGGCUAUGGCUGGGCCGCAGCUUGCGCCGGCGCCCGMAAGAAGCGGAGGAGCCCGCCCCGCAAGCGGGAGGAGGCGGCAGCCGCGCCAGCUUCAGCCCCUGACGACCUAACCUUGCUAAAGAAUCUCCGAGGCGAGGAGCAAAAGAAGAAGAACCGGAAGAAGCUGCCCGAGAAGCCCAAACCAAAUGGUCGAACAGUGGAAGUGGCUGAGGAUGAAAUUGUACGAACUCCUAGAAAUGUAACAACAAAGCAGCAACCAGAGACAGACAAGAAAAAUGAAAAGUCAAAGAAAAAUAAGAAGAAAUCAAARUCAGAUGCUAAAGCAGUGCAAAACAGUUCACGCCAUGAUGGAAAGGAAGUUGAUGAAGGAGCCUGGGAAACUAAAAUUAGUCACAGAGAGAAACGACAACAGCGUAAACGUGAUAAGGUGCUGCCUGAUUCUGGUUCAUUGGAUUCAACUAUCCCUGGGAUAGAAAAUACCAUCACAGUUACCACCGAUCAACUUACAACUGCAUCAUUUCCUGUUGGUUCCAAGAAGAAUAAAGGUGAUUCUCAUCUAAAUGUUCAAGUUAGCAACUUUAAGUCUGGAAAAGGAGAUUCUACACUUCAGGUUUCUUCAGGAUUGAAUGAAAACCUUACUGUCAAUGGAGGAGGCUGGAAUGAAAAGUCUGUAAAACACUCCUCACAGAUCAGUGCAGGUGAGGAGAAGUGGAACUCAGUUCCACCUGCUUCUGCAGGCAAGAGGAAAACAGAGCCAUCUGCUUGGACUCAAGACACUGGUGAUGCUAAUGCAAAUGGAAAAGACUGGGGAAGGAGCUGGAGUGACCGUUCAAUAUUUUCUGGCAUUGCUGCUUGGUCUAGUGUGGAUAGGGGAAUGAAUACCUCUGAACAGAAUUCUGCUUCUUUUGCAUCUCUCACACUUAACUCUGCUGUUUCUGGGUCUACUGCUGAGCCAAUUUCUCAGUCUACCACUUCUGAUUAUCAGUGGGAUGUUAGCCGUAAUCAACCCUAUAUCGAUGAUGAAUGGUCUGGGUUAAAUGGUCUGUCUUCUGCUGAUCCCAGUUCUGAUUGGAAUGCACCAGCAGAAGAGUGGGGGAACUGGGUAGAUGAAAGAGCUUCACUUCUGAAGUCCCAGGAACCAAUUCCUGAUGAUCAAAAGGUUUCAGAUGAUGAUAAAGAAAAGGGAGAGGGAGCUCUUCCAACUGGAAAAUCUAAAAAGAAAAAAAAGAAAAAGAAGAAGCAAGGUGAAGAUAACGCUCUUGCACAGGACACAGAAGAAUUAGAAAAAGAGAUUAGAGAAGAGCUUCCAGUGAAUACCUCUAAAGCCCGUCCAAAACAAGAAAAAGCAUUUUCCUUGAAGACCACAAGCACUAGUGAUCCAGUUGAAGUACUCAUCAAAAAUAGCCAGCCUAUCAAGACUCUUCCACCUGCUGUUCCUACCGAGCCAUCUGUUAUCUUAUCAAAGAGUGAUUCUGACAAAAGCUCUUCCCAAGUGCCACCGAUGCUACAAGAUACAGAAAAAUCCAAGUCAAAUACCAAGCAAAAUAGUGUGCCUCCUUCACAGACCAAGUCUGAAACUAACUGGGAAUCUCCCAAACAAAUAAAAAAGAAGAAAAAAGCCAGACGGGAAACGUGAAUUUUUUUUUUUUUUCCUGAAUUGGACAUGUGUUUGCAAACACUGUCUUGAAGAUUAUGCUGUUUAUGCAAUAAUUUGUGAACAUGUACAGAGUUUUAUAUAAAUUUAAACCAAUUUUUAAAACAAAACUGUGAAUACAACCACCGUAAAAAUGGAAUCAAAGGAGAGUUAAUUUAUGAAAUUAAGAGGUCAGCAGAAUAUACUACAAUGCUGGAAGACACUUGGGAAAGUCUUUUCAAUUGAACAAGAAUGAUCUUAAUUUAAGAAUAUUAUCCUGGUUUUACAACAGUUCCCUGUUUACAACAGAUUGUGCCCUGUYUCAUCUGCAGCUGAGGAAUAAUGGAUUCUGAUUAGAGAGAGGGCUGCCUCUAAGUUAGUAGGCAACUCCUUGGAUCUUAUGCACGAACUUGUACCAUUUGAAUCUGUUUUAUGCUUAUAUGAAAGUGCUUUGAUCAAAUGCAUAAUCUGCCAUAUCUUUACAUAUUUGUUGGUAGCAAUUUGUAUUAAAGGAAUCACAAGUGCAAAUAAAAAGUCAUUUACCAUUUGUUUAACUAAACUGUCAUGGUUUAGUUGCAAUUUUUAAAAAGUUCUUAAUUAAAACAUUGCAAAUGCAAUUGACACUUGUAUGGCUUAUGAAGUUAUUUUUGAUAGUCUUACAUUACUUGAAUUGUUCAAAGUACAGUAUAUUUUAAAUUAAAAAAGUAAACUAUAUGUACUCAUUUUAUACACUUAAGGUUCAAACUAACAAAUAAUGCUCUUGUUUAUGAUUUGAAAACUUUCAAGCAAAUCCAACCUAGAAUUUUUCCUUUCCCUAGCAAUUACUUUUUUUCCAGUGUCAACUCUUACUUGCUAAUAAUUUUUUGACUUUAAAAAUGAAAUCAUUCACAAACUUUGAGUAUGUGAUGGAGAAUGAAAAACUAGAGUCAGACAGCUUUAAUUGACAUUGUCAAGACCUCCAGUUAUCAGGAAUACAUUUUUUUACUGCCUUAACCUGUAGUGCGUAGAAUAUGCAUCAAUUUCUUGAAGGGGAUUCAUGUUUUUAUAAGAAUUUUCAUGUAAUUAUUGCAAUUGUGGUCAAAUAAGGAACAUUUUCUGCUUGAAACUGUAUUGAUUUAAAUGAUGUGUGAGAUGUUUCACCAUUUUCAGGCACUGUGUAAUUCUAUUGUAAUAAACUGGCAGGUAUCUUUGUAACUAUAAAUAGUGCAUGCUCGGCCAUGUACACUGUAAAUAGCCUUUACCAGAUGUGUUUGACAAGGACCAUAAUUAACAUCACUUAGUAAAUUGUGAUAAAGAAAAAAGCCAUGAUUUAUUUGAUGUGAUUGGCUUGUUUUUAUGUGGCACCAAGAAUGAAACUGUUUAACAGCUGUAACCAAUGGUACUGAUCUAUCCAUCCAAUGUCGUCUUUAUUAUAUUUGAUUGUGGCUUGAUAGUAUUGCAUUGUCAGUCUAGGAAAGCUAAAGAAGCAGAAUGGUUUUAGUUUUGUUGAAGACUGGCCUUAUUAAUGGACAGCUUUCCUAACAGGCAAUUAUUAACUUUCAUCAGGUGUUAACAUCUGUUUCAGGAACAUGGCAGUAUGUUUACAUGUCAGAGUUUUGUUUAAUUCUAUGAUAUUUCUAAAUUGAUUUGUUUAAAUAAAUGCAGCAAAUGGGUAGCAUUGUUUUUAUUUGCUUCAAUAUGGGGGUAAAUAUUAGGUAAAAUGCCAGGAAUGGAUUUCUUCAAAUAACUUUAUUUUGUUAGCUUUACUUACAUAUUUCCUAAAUAGAACUGAAAAUUCCUAAGUUGUCAGCACUUUGUAAAGGUAUCAAAAGGAGAAUUUGAUAGGGAGUCUGUAAUUUUAGAAUGUGCCAAAAUGUCUAUGCUUAAAAUUUUAAUUGAACUCUCUCAACUCUACCUCACUAUUUCUUUAUCUUAGAAUUCUUUUGACUGUCAAACAAUAGUUCAGUAUCUCCCCAUUCAGCCACCUUUGCCAGGUGUUAAAGAUUGAGGAGAGUGCUGGGAAAGUAGCUCAGUGGUAGAGUUGCUUGCCUAGUAUGCACAAGUCCCUGAGUUCGAGACUCAGCACUACAAAAAAAAAAAAAAGAAUUGAGGAGUGAUGAUUGUUGAGAUGGAGAAACAAACACAUUACUCAMUUGGAAUGGAUCCAGUAUGGAGAUAAUCUCUGUCCCUUCUCUCAGUAGUUAAGCCAUCAUUUUAUGUAUUAAGAGGUGGCAGCUAUAUGAAUGACAAAAUUAAUCCUGUUCUCUUACAUGCAUGGGGUGCGCAAGUGUUGUUACUUGCGCAAGUGUUGUUACUUGCUCCUUGCCUGUUCCAUAAAAUGUGUAUGUGACGUCAAAGCAGUUUCUGGUAUCUGAACAGAGGAGCUGGCUUCUAUCAACGCAGAAGACACCAAACUAUAAGUAAUGAUUCAGGGAGGAGGGGAGAAAGAGGAGCCUAUUGUUCUAUGGAAGCAUGAAUUAGAUGCUCCCCAGACUGCUAGUAGGAAAAUAACUGACCCCUUCAGGUUUUGCCAGUUCUGGAGGGAAUUGCUAUUCACAAGCAAGCCCUCCUACCCCUCCAAUAAACCCUCCCAAGACUCCCUAAUCCUGGCCAGUCUCCAGGUCCUAACUGAAGUCUUUCUUCAUUAUUCUGGAACAGGGACUACUGGCUGGUUUCAGAUUUCUCCAGACUGGAAUCCUAUCUAUCCAUACCCUGAAUUGAGCAAAUAAUAGUUGAGAGAGUCCAAAAAGAAAGUAUUGAAAUAAAAUGUGAUUAAUGUAAUUUACUAUGUUUACUUUGUGCAUGCAUUUUGUUGGGUUGGGGAGGUCAGAGUAAUUUAUCCAAAUCUAAUGGUAUUAUUAUUUCAUAGGCUAAUCCAGUUUGUAUUUGGGCUAAAGAUGCCAGAGGGCAAUAUUUAACUACAGAGUUUAGUUUUUCUUAAUUAAAAAAAUAGUCCUUUAUUAAUAUAGUGUGAAUUAUCUUUCAAAAUUUAGGAUUUAGGUUUAAGAUGUCAAACAGAUAUCUUACGAUUUUCCUGUAAACUCAUUGCACAAAAUGGAAUUACUUUCCAAAAGGCUUAGGGAAUGAAAAUAUCAUUUGUAAGAUGCAUUGAGUAUUGUAAAUAAAACAAACCAUUUUGUUUUGUUUAAA